GUUUCAGUGAUUUCUAUAUUAGUAACUCAUCGAGGAAGUUUUGCCAACAACCGGUGACGUUUGCUUUUGGCAAAAAUCGACUCAGUUUGCAGGAAGAUGUACUUCAAUUUGUCGGUAAUAGAAUAAUGGAAACGAAUUUGUUGAAUGGGAGAAAAAUCGAGAAGGAAAAGAGUUGGCCCCAAGUGUUAGCAAUUCUAAUUGGUGCCAUAUCUGGAUUUUGCGUGGGCCUCCUCUUCGCUUGGUCAUCUCCGUUUCUAAUAAAAAUCACACAAGACAAGACAAACUACAACAUAACAGAAGAUGAAGCUUCAUAUUUUAACGUGAUCCAGCCCGUCUCCAUGAUCUUUUCAUGUCCAAUAUUCUCGACACUCACAGACAUCAUCGGACGCAAACGAACAUUGUUGCUAAUCAUCAUUCCACAUAUCUGCAGUUGGCUGUGUUCGGGCUUUGCUAAAAGCGUUUACGUAUUUUAUCUGAGCAGAGUUUGCGCUGGAUUCGCAGAUGGUUGCAUUUUUGCCUCUCUUCCGACAUACGUGGGAGAAGUGGCCAAUCCAAGUGUACGAGGAACAUGGGGAAACGCCGUUUCUUUCUCCUUGUAUUUUGGAGAAUUCAUGAUCACUGUGAUUGGUAGUUAUGUUAGUGUUAGGAAAGCAUCUUAUAUAGGUAUACCCAUCUGUCUAUUGUUUUUCAGCUUGUUUUCCUUUAUGCCAGAAUCUCCUUAUUUUUACAUAAAAAAAGGACAAGAAGAUGACGCUAAGAAGUCAUUAAGAUUUCUCAAAGGAAAAAGUGAUGUAGAGGAGGAUUACAUUUGUCUAAAGAAAGACGUAGAGAGGCAAUUAUCCGAGUCAGCAUCAUGGAUAGAUAUAGUUAAGAUUAGAAGCAACAGAAAAGCUAUAUUAGCAGGAAUCUUCAUCAGAUUCACUCAACAAACUGCUGGCCUUAACGUUUUCUACAUCUACACUCAGUUUAUCUUUAGACAAGGAGGCGGAAACAUCAGCCACGAACACGCAUCUAUGCUUCUAUUAGGAGUAUCACUUAUAUUGAACAUAAUAGCAUUAACAUUCAUCGUCAAACGAUUCGGAAGACGAGGUUGCUACUUGUGGUCACUUAUCGGUACUGGUAUACUUCUGUACAUCAUGGGAAUCUACUACUACUUGAAGGAUAACACCACAUUGAAUCUUUUAAGCUUCAAGUGGAUGCCUAUUGCUACAAUGAUGGGCUAUCAAGUGUUUGCAUCUUUUGGUAUUGCUACUAUACCAACGUUGAUGCUCAGUGAGUUGUUUUCGGCUAGUGUUAAAUCCAAGGCCAUGGCGAUUCUCACGAUGACUUUUGGACUUGGUAAUUUUUUGAACAAUUUUAUCUUCUAUGAGCUUAACAGAAGAAUCGGGUUUUAUGCUCCUUUUUUCUUCUUUGCCAUUUGUAAUACAAUUGCAGCUGUGAUGUGUUUAUUUGUAGUGCCAGAAACUAAGGGUAAGACACUUGAGGAGAUUCAGCAAGAAUUAAAAGGGAGUAGGAUCGUCAAAAAGUAGUUAGGAUUGUUUGUUACGAUAAUUCAUUCCAGUUGUAGAUGUAUGUGGAUACUUUUUAAAUUGUUUUUACCUUUUCUUUGUAUUCCAUUAUUUUCGUUCUGAUUUUUAGUAUUUUCUAGCCCUCUUAUUUUGUAGAUUGAUUUCAUUGUUGUAAACCAUUUCAUCUUUACCGUACCAGUUAUUACAAUUUCAUUAUGAAAUGGUUUUAUUUGUAGAAAUAUUCAAGGACAGAUAUGGAAUUCCUCAUUUACAACAGCAUUUAAAAAAUUAAAGAAAAGUUUUCGACAAAACCAGUUUUAAUUUUCCUUGUUCUUCUGUAUGUGCAUUCUACCGAAGGUUGGCGACCAUCAUGCAAUAUGUUUUUCUGUUAACCGCAUGUACUACAUUUGCAGCUUUUUGUAAUUGAAAACAUUAGGUAUCUUUAGUUCUGAUCUAGGAUUUUUUAUUUCUCUCCAGACUUCUUCUACUUUCAACCCUCUUUCUUGUUGGUGAUGUUUAUAAUAUUAUUUUACGAAAUAUAAAGUACCUACUAUUAUUUUAUCUUUCAACUUUUUGUUUUGUUCUUUCUAAAGCACUGGGAUCCAGUUGUCUCUUUCUUGAUCUCAGUUGAAACUGGGGAGCAAAUUUGUUUUCAUUUAAUAAAAAAAUCUCUAAUUAAAAUAUUCUUGUCUGUCAAUUUUUCAUUUAUAGAUGAUACUUUAAACCGCACAUCAAAUAAUAUAUUUUGUUCGACCGAGUGAUGGUACCUUAGUCCAGGGUAAUAAGGAUUUUCUCGGGACACUCAAAGAUCCAGGUAGCUGACUACUUUUUAGUUAUGGUAGAUCUAUACGAAGAAAACCUACAUGUUUCCUGCCUAGAGUUCGCGUCCGUUUUUUAAUUAUUAUCAAUUUAGUGCAAAAAUCGCGAUUUUUUCGAUAUUUUGCAGCCCAUUUAAAAGCUAAAUAGUUGACAUAAAAUUACAAAAUUCAGUUUUUUAGAACAUUGAACAAGCUUUAAAAUGCCGAUUUUUGAAAGUUAAAAAGUUAGUUUGUUGCUACGCAAACUGCAAUAAAAGUGAAAAUCGUUAUUUGUUAAUAACUUUUACUAAAACUAUCUUAGAACUUUAGUGUUUCACCCAAAGUUGGGUAUUUGAGUACUUAACAAACCUUUAAAAUUUGAAACUGAUCCAUUAAUUAGUAUAAGAGUUAUUCUAUUUGUUUAUCCCAGAGACCUUUAUUUGCAAAAACAUAAGACAGAAAAUAAUGAAUAUAGAAGAGUGAUAAUAUCAAAAUAUAUUAAAAAAAAAAAGAAUGUGUGUGUACUUUGUACGCACGUAAGAAGUUAUACUUCUAUUAUAUGAUUAUAUGAUUAUAUGAUUAUAUGAUUAUAAACGAAAUUAAUAUACUUUUUAUUUAUAUUUUAUUUAAAUAUUAAAUUAAUUUAUACUUAAUACUUCUCAAACAUUUUUAUUAAAACAGUGCCAAAAAUUAAAAUAAUAAAAAAAUAAAACACACACAAACACAUUAAAAAUGCCACAAAUGAUUUCUGAACAUUAAUUGUCGGAAAAAUUUUUAACUAAAUACGUAUUUUCUGAAAAUAAAAUUAUAUAAUAAAUAUACUUACAAUCAUAAAAUGUAUAAAAAAAAAUAAAAAAAUAAAAGUUUCUAUUGGGAUUCGAACCAACUUACCACGCGGCUGGUAUUUGCGUUGUAUUGGGAUUCACCCGCAUUAAAACUGCACCACAGAGACAGCUUGUCAUUAUGUGCGAAGAUCGUCUAACUAAACAGAUUAACCUUUUGACAUUUUUAACAUGUAAAUCAAAUUAUUUUGAUUUUGAAUUGAAAUGAUUUAGAAUUGAAAAAAUACAACAAAACAUAGGGUAAGAAGACAAUAUAUUAGGUGAAUAUUGAUAGAAAUUUUGAUGGUAAUCAAAUUAUGUAAAAAAAAGUAUUACAUACUACUUAUGUAUUUUGGUAGGUUCAAGGUAGGUAUCGGAGCCCGUAUAACGACUAAUAAAUUUCGCAAUCACUUGCGUCGUGCAAAGUGGCUAUGUUCAAAUAUCAUAACAAAAUUUGAUCAACUAUUUAUAAAACACUUACCAGUGAAAGAUUCUUUAGCUUUGAAUAAGCGAGAUCUGCGGCACUCAUACUAGGCACAGUUUGAUGAGCUUUCACAUUGGCAUGCAACAAUCAUCUCUUCUAUGUAAAUAAGUCCAAAAAUAUAAUAUGAAAACUAUUUAAAAAGGCAGUAUAACCAUUAACUAACUUUUUGUUUGUUGUUUCUCUUCCUACAAAUUUUAAAACGCAACAAGCAUACAUUAUAACCAAACACAGUCCCACAGCUGUGCCACAGCUGCCAUAUUGGAUAAUUUCUGUCAUGUCAUUUGAACAUCCAAUCAGAACAAAGUUAUAAUGCGCAUGCGCCCGGUCGCUAGGUUUUCCCAUAUAAAAUUUCACCGUCAUUACGCCCGUAAAGAAGUAUAACUUCAAAAAGUUAAAAAAAUUAAUCAAUAAAAUCAAAAAUCAUAAUGCCAAAUUUUUGAAAUUUUGUAGUUUAUAAACAUUUAGAAUAACUUUACAAAUGUUGUCUGUAGGAAAAAUAUUUUUAUACAGGGUGUCCCGAAAAGAAUGGUCAUAAAUUAUACCACGCAUUCUGGGGUCAAAAAUAGUUCGAUUGAACCUAACUUACCUUAGUACAAAUAUGCUCACAAAAAAAGUUACAGCCCUUUGAAGUUACAAAAUGAAAAUCGAUUUUUUUCAAUAUAUCGAAAACUAUUGGAGAUUUUUUAUUGAAAAUGGACAUGUUUAAUUUUUAUGUCAGGAACAUCUUAAAACAAAAUUAUAGUGAAAUUUGUCCACCCCAUAGAAUAUUUAUGGGGAUUUUGGUCCCCUAAACCCCCCAAACUUUUGUGUACGUUCCAAUUAAUUCAUUAUUGUGGUACCAUUAGUUAAGCACAACGUUUUUAAAACUUUUUUGCCUCUUAUUAUUUUUUCGAUAAGCCAGUUUUUAUUGAGAUGCGGCUUCUUUUUCAAUAUAUUUACGUAAAAAUUUUAUGGGGGUUUUGUUCCUUUAAACCCCCCUAAUGUUUGUGUACGUUCCAAUUAAACUAUUAUUGUGGUACCAUUAGUUAAACACAGUGUUUUUAAAACUUUUGUCUCUUAGUCUUUUGUUCAUAAGUCACCUUUUAUCGAGAUGUAGCUUCUUUUUCAAAAUAUACCUAAAAAUGUAAAUUAUAAAUAAAUUUUCAGAUUAUUAACAGUUCUCUAUAACCGUACUUAACCAUAAUGUGGUGGAUUCCACCAUGUGGUGGAUUCGACAAAUAUUCAAAAUAUCUCGAUAAACACUGGCUUAUCGAAAAAGUACUAAGAGGCAAAAAAGUUUUAAAAAUAAUGUGUUUAACUAAUAGUGCCACAAUAAUAAUUUAAUUGGAACGUACACAAAAGUUUGGGGGGGGGUUUAAGGGAACAAAACCCCCAUAAAAUUUGUAUGGGGUGCACAAAUUUUACUUAACUUUUUUUUAAGAUAUUGCUGUCGUAAAAAUGCCACAUAUCAAUUUUCAAUAAAAAAUCUCUGAGAGUUUUCGAUAUAUGAAAAAAAAUCGAUUUUCAUUUUGUAACUUCAAAGGGCUGUAACUUUUUUUGUGUGCACUAUUGUAUAUAGGUAAGUGAGGUUCAAUCAACCUAUUUUUGAUCCCAGAAUCUGUGGUAUAAUUUAUGACCAAUCUUUUCGGGACACCUUGUAUAUUCGAAAAGCUAGUAUUUUAACACGAAUUUUCAAAUAAAAAAAUUAGCUUGGGUUCAUUAGGGACAAAGUUAGCCAUGUGUUUUUUUUUAAAUCACAGCUAAUUUGUUUAUAAUAAUUAAGGAAUUUCAUUGAUGCCAUUUUAAAUAUUGGGAUUUUUAUUUUUUGUUAAAAAAUUUGCAUAAACAUUGUCUUCACAGCACCCUCUCCGAUUGUUCAAAAUUGUAGUUCAAACGGUUACUAGGGGAAACCUACGAAUCCACCGAGUUUAAAAUACCGAAAAAGCAGUUUCAAACUAAUACAAUUUUCUGUAUCUCCGGAUCAACUCAAUGGAUUUUCAUUUUUCUUUUUUUAAUUUGUAUUUAAUUUCCACGUACAUUACAAAUAUGCAAUUUGUUUAUAAAUUUAAUAAUUAAUAAUCAGUCUAAUUUGUUUAACCAAUACCUGAAACAAUAUUUUUUACAAAAAUCUAUUUUUUUUUAAUCAUAGUAUAAUUAAUGAUUAUACAAAAAGUUCAAGUUCACUUUAAUAAAUAAAAUAUUUCUAUUAGAUAAUUAUUUAUUGAAGAUAAUUCAUUUAUUAAAGUAUACCUUAACUUUCUUUAUGAUUAAUUUUAAUAGUCUGAUUAAAAACAUGGAUUUUUGGGAAUAAAUUAUUUUUUCAAAAAUUGUUUAAACAAAUUAAACUUUUUAUUAAUUAAUAAAUGUCAAAUUGCAAAUAGACGAAUUACAUAUUUGUAAUGUACAGAAAAGUUACAUACAAAUUAAAAAAAAGAAAGAUCAAAAUAUAUUCAGAAGAUCCCGAGAUAUAGAAAAUGAUAGUAGUUUUUAAGAUGCCUUUUUUAGUGUUUGAACUCGUGCAUGUGUCGGCUCCCAGCUCCCCCUUCACUUACCUCGACUAGUCACCAACUGAACAACAUUUUUAAAAAUUCGUGUAAAAUACCAACUUUUCGAAUAUGUAAAAUGAUUUUUCCACCUACCUCUACCGAAAGUAUACUUUUCCGGGCCUGAUUGUAGGGAGCAAAGUUGUACUUUUCCUCCCUAGGGAGGAAAAGUAAAAGUGACGUCAUGGUAUUUCAUUCAUGAAAUAUAACUUAUUGACGCCCUGUAUAAUAUAUAUUUUCAAUUACGAAGUAUCUAUACAUUUUAACGUUUAUUUAUAAAACAUCCUGUAUUUUGCAGAAUGGUAAAAAACAGUAAAUUGCUAUUUUGAUUUAACAAUGUUUACAUUAAUAAUUUGACUUAUAUUUGACAGUUGACAGUUAUAUUGUACCUACUUGUUGUUUUAGUUCUAAUAAAUUUUGUUGGUUAGUUACAUAAAUAAAAUAAGUAAAAAUGAAAAAAUGACUUGUUAUUUUUGAGGAAGGUGGAAAAACCAUAUGUAUAACAUGGGAGUAAAGUGCCUUUUCCUCCCUUGAAUGAUUACUGCCCUCCGCUACGCGUCGGGCAGUAAACUUCAUUCUCGGGAGGAAAAGUUACACUUUCCUCCCUUGUUAUACAAAUAGCUAUUUCUACGGACAAUAUUUUUAAAUUUGCUCUAACUGUUUAUAAACUACAAAAUUUCAAAAAUUUGGCAUUAGUAUUUUUGACUAUACAAGCUAAUUUUUUAUCUUUUUUAGUACAUUUUGAUAGUAUCACUGUUCUACUUUUAUUUGACAUACGCAGAAUUGUGUUAUCUUCAUUAUUUUCUGUCUUAUGUUAUUGCAAAAUAAAGGUCUCUGGGAUAAACAAAUAGAAUAACUUUUAAACUAAUUAAUUGAUCGGUCUCAAAUUUUGAGGGUUUGUUAAGUACCCUAAUACAAAACUUUGGGUGAAACACUAAAAUUCCAAAUUAGUUUUAGUAAAACUUAUUAACAAAUAACGAUUUUCACUUAUUUUGCAGUUUGUGUAGCAACAAAUUAACUUGUUAACUUUCAAAAAUCGGCAUUUUGAAGGUUUUUCAAUGUUCUAAAAAAAUAAGUUUUGUAGUUUUAUGUCAACUGUUUAGCUUUUGAAUGGGAUUGUCGCGGAUGUGUAAAAAGUCGUUAGAAUUAUUGUUAGAAUUAAAAAACGGACGCGAACUCUAGGCAGGAAACAGGUAGCUUUUCUUCCUAUAGGUCUAUAAUAACUAAAAAAGUAGUCAGCUACCUGGAUAUUUGAGUGUCCCGAACAUGGUCUAUUUCUAACUUAUUACCUUGGACUACCUAUUCAACUUGAUGGUACCUAUUCAACUCGUUUUGACCAAAAGGUAGAUGUAUGAUUUUGGAUCUAGGUACCAUGGCGUAUUCUUUAUAUAGUAUAUCGCUGAAGAUAAAAGUUUGUAUUCUGUGGUAUAGUUAAGGGGAAAGGUGCAAAAUGUCGCUUGUCAAAAUUUUCAAUGUGUUUUAAAUGUAUUAAUUCUUUUCGAAUCCUGAGAAAACUAAUAAAUAUUUUUAAAAAAUUUAAAACGCAGAAUGAAAGAUUACGUUAUUACCGAGGGCAGAAACUCUCUUAGAAUAAAUAAAAAGUUUCUUUUGAAUGAAAUAUUUGCAAUUAAAAAUCACUCUAAAUUUUCUCUUUCAUUUUCACUCCUGUAACUUAUUAAAAUAAACAUUAUAAAAGUUUUCAGGGACUUUCGACCCUCAGUAAUAAUGUAGUAUUUCAUUAAACGUUUAAAAUUUUAAAAAUAUUUAUUAGUUUUCUCAGGAUUCGAAAAAAAUGAAUACAUUUAAAAAACAUUGAACAUUUGACACACGGAAUUUUGCGCCCAUGCCCCUAAUAAUAUUUGCUCUAUUAUCCAUUCCCAUAUUACCGACAUUUUAUUAAUAAUUAUGUUUGAAGUUUAUUCAAAAACAUAAUCUAUCAAUAAUUUUGUCAAUUUAUUUAGUUAAAUAUUUCUUGUAUCUAAUAUGUAGGUACUUAUAACUGGCUAGUGAUUGUAAUAGUGAAAAAUAUAAAGUGUAUUUCUAUAUGAGAAAAAAUUUGUAAAUAAAAAGUAAAUAAUA